AAUACACUAGUAAGACUUAAUUUAGAAUAUUUUAAUUUUGGUCACCAUGCUAUAAAAAAAGAUAUUGCUGCUCUGAGAUCAGUCGAGAAAGGAGCAACCUGAUCCAUCUGGUGAUGAAGGAGACAUUCUACACUGACUACUUGAAGGAACAGAACCUUUUUAAUCUUGAACAACAUAGACUACGAGAGGACUUGAACUCCUCACAGGUGUUAACAAAAGCAACCGGGCCGACUUCUUCAGAAUAGUGACACGUUAUACAUUUUUGUAUACAGUAUGCAUACAUUGCAUUGUAAAUGCAUGUUAUACAUUUUUGUUCGUCUGACAACAUACAACUCAGAUUUUAACGCGUUAAAAAGUCUUGCAGAAUGUGUCAGUCUAUCACGAUCCACAGAGUACACACUCCACAGUGUCUUUUCCAAACAGGUGCAUUUCCAGCAAAUUUUAACACAACACCCUUACCGAGUCAAAUUCACACACAGAAUAUUACAUAACAAGAUAUCAAAAGGAGUUUUUUCUUUCAAAAUCUGCUGCAGUCAAAUUCCUUUUGAACAACAAAAUUGUAAUUGUUUAUUGCAAGGUUUUUGUGCUUCAUUUACAUAUUUUAUAAUCGCUGGAAUGCGCAUGGCUUCUAUCCAUUCUGUAACCCUAUCAGAGAAGUACGUCAUGCAUUGUGUGCGCGGUGUUGUUUUUCUUUAAUAAAUGAUUCAGUCGUUAAAUGUGAGUUUUUAAAUUGUUAUAAUAUGCUACAGACGAUAGCGUAUUAUACCGAAUUGCAAACUGUAUGUUAAUUGUGUCCUACAUAACAAAAACAUACCAAAGAAAUGACUUGAGCUUUGGCAGCCAGAGUCCCUACAAGACAAGUCGAAAAACAAACGUAGCAAUGUGUAACAAAGAUUGCUACACAGCUAGUGCAAAUGUUACGCUGUUUCUGAUUUGCAUGCAUUCUUUAGGCAACGUUAAAGGGAUUUUAUGGUUAUUGCUGAAGCAUUUAUCUUUGCGUAAACAUUUUCAAAUCCGCACAGCCUCACAAAAUGUAAAAAAAAAAAAUGUUUUUUCAGCCGAUCUAGUCGAAGCUGCGGUCAUUUUAAUUGCCGUGUGAAAUGACGUUUCCAACAGGCGAUUACAUAGUCUCCAGACACUUAAGAGCAAAUCACUGUAUUAUAUGAACCCGAUCGUUUCAUUUUCACUGUUUAUUAUCCUAACACAUCUCCAAACAUUAAAAUAACUGCUAAAUUGUAUAUAUUUGUGUUUAUAUGCUAUAUGUACUUGGUACGACCACAAAGUAUUUAACAGCGCUGUCAAACCCACGAAUUUGAUUUUUUUGGCUAGACAAGAGCAGCUCUAUCAUUAUUCGGAUUUAUAUUUUUAAGAAACCACACAACCGGCACUGUCUCCGUGUGUUUGUAAAAUGCUGAUGCAAGUCGUAUUAACCUUUUCGCCGUCUACAUGCGCAACUCCAAAAGACGGGAUUGUAAUUAAGAAAGUCGAGUUUUCAUCCAAAUGCGGGUACGUGUGAGAGAACACACCGGAAAAAAGGUGUUUGGAGGUAGAGUUUGCGCAAUAGGGUUUUAACCUUUCACCCCCAGAAAAUAUUCCAAGUAUUUGAAUCCAGGGGGAGAGAGAGGGUGCAAGCGAGCAAGCUGUGGAAAGAGAGCGGUGACAGUGGAGAAUGGAGUGCUCCGUGGAGCGCCGGAGAGUUUUUACUGGGAAAAAGGUUAUCCAGCUGGCUUUCAGCUCGCCGGAGAGCGCCCACUGAACCUGGAGAGACGCAGGGCCGGAAAGGAAUGGCUGAUCCUCUGCGGAGGACUUUGCUAGCAAAACUUCGGGGGAAGAAAUCCAAGAAAGGGACGGCAGCUGGUGGACUCGGCGUUGCUGCCAAUGGGGGUCACCGUGAAGGUAAAGAAAGGGUUUUGCAAAAGCGAGACGAGCAAGCACGGGAGGCUAGAAUAAGCGCUGCGGGUUUGAGUGACGAGCCAGAAGCGAUGAGGGGCAGAGAGAGCUGCUUGAACGGGGGCUGCGAGCCUCCGAGCGGGGAGAUCAGUGUGGUGCUUGAGAGUGCCUUGGCUCAGUGCGAGACGUUCGGGGGCAUAAGCAGACGGGGGGAUCCGCACGGUCAGAGCAGCGAGGAGCUGCGGCUCAGGGGUCGAGUUAAUGAGGAACUCUUGGGGGUCUCAGUUCAAAGACAAACUCAGGCGAGGGGGAGCGACAGAGACGAGAUAAGCGGGUAUAAUGAGCAGGAUCUCCAUUCCGUGGCACAAGUACGAACCCUGGAACAGAAAAUGCAGCCUGCCGUCGUCCCGCAGCAUUUUUCCGGGGACUCGAUAGGGUUUGGGACUGGUGAAAAUCGUGUUUUAAGCCGAAGAAAGGCUUUUACAGAUGCAAGGGAGGUGAAUUUGACAGACGGGCAGUAUCUCGUUUCAAAGAAUAAUAGAACAAACGUGGGCUGUGAAAAAGAUCUGAAGAUCCGCAGCGACGGAACUGAUUUCUCCCAGCAACCUGACUCUUAUCUGGGAUUCCCGGAGACCUUUAAAGACAGAAUAGACAACAAUUUGCCAGCCGGUCACAAACGAAUAUUCGAAACAAAUUUUAACAUGAACGUCAAAGAAAUGCGUCAGCUUGCUGGUCCCGGUCAGUUCCAGCACAACGACAAUGACAAUUUAGAGGAAAAGUUUAUCGACCAUACUGAAAGUUACGAAGGUUGUUCAGUAUUUACUGGACAGUACAAAAUCGCCAGUUUACAGAACACAGCGUUUUUCCCCACCGAAUUGGAGAUUUACGAUGCAAAACUGGCUUCGUAUAGCAUUAGUGUUAGAGAGAGUGUGCAGCGACACAAUUCAGUCUACAGUGAAGAAGACGAUUACUAUGAUAACGAAAGUCUCCCAUAUUAUGAACCCGACUCGCAACACUGUAAGUUAAGUUGCGUUCAUGGCUCGAAAGGUGUAGAAAUCGCUAGUCUGGUGCAUCCCGUAGCAGAAGCCAGCCUGCAAAAUGGACCAGAGAACAGCGCACGAGAAACAGACAGGUUGAGGACCAAGCUACAAGAAGCUUAUUACUUGCUCAUUAAUGCAAUGAACGACAUCAGCUUUGAAAACCAGGUUGGUCUUAACGGAUACACAGACCGGGGCAGCACGUCCAGCAGCCAUUCUCAGGAAAGUGUGUGCUCGCAGGCGUCCGUCAAGGCUGCGGACAGCGAUGCGUGGUCCGCUGGAGACCACAGCGCCCAACAGCUGUCCGACACGGAUUCAUUACAGGCGAGUCACUGUGACCCCCGCGAGCCGCGUUCCAGGAGCAGGAGCUCUCCAGUGAGCAGGAGCUUUGAAAACUUAUCGGCUGCGAAAGUAAGGUCUUCACUCCAGAGGUCGGCUAGCGAUGGAGCUAUGAAAUACCCUCGGGCGUAUUCACAGUGCGCUGCCUCGACCCGUCUUGUUAAACAAGAUGGUGGAAGUGAGGUGUACGGUGUAGCUGUAGAAGACGGGCGGGCCAGGCGGGGUCCCCCGUACGAUGGCUUGUGUAGCGAUGACUUCUUGCAGGACAGUGGGGAGAACGGGAGCCUCUCGGGCUCCUCCGAUAGUGGCGAGGCUCACGGUGGGGAGCAGGAUUUUAAAGAUCGCCGCGGAGCGUCUGCGAAGCCACACGGGGUCACCGUCAACAAGAUGCAGGAGUGGAUGCAGAGGGGGCGCAUGCUGUCUUCAGAAAUGAAGCAGCGCAUCGCGGGGUCCUCUCUCUGCGGCCAGGGACCCCCCAGUUCGUUGGCCGGCCGUGCCAUCAGGAAAGACGCCUCUUCCAAGAGGACGCGACCCUCGGGGCUGAUGACCACGCCUCAAGGCAGUAAGACCGCUGGGAGCGCGACUCCUUGCCAGGCAGCCCAGCAGACAGCCUUGAUCGAGCGAGUGCACUGCUCCAGCAUGGGCAGAUGGGAGGCAAGAGUGACCGGCUGCUGUGAGGUGAAUGAGCCCAGACUGACCGCUAACAGCAUCACUGUGUCCAAAAAACGCAACUGGCUUCAGCAGAGCUCCAGUAGGAGCCAAACUUUGGAGGAUAGCAGGGUACCUGCAGCAGCAGAGGAAGACCAUGGCCACGUAGCCCCUUCCCCCAGCCCCUCCUCUGAAAGCCAGAUGCUGGAAGGGGCUGUGACACCCCUAGAGCACAGGAAAGCCUUGAGGCUCCAGCACCCUCAUGACGUUGUGACCCAGGCUACUCCUGCUCCUCACAGAACUCUCCGGUCCGCCCUGCCCCAUCAUCGGCCUGUUGACCCCACGGAAGAGAAUGAUGCUGAUGAUGAGGGAGAAAUCUGGUACAACCCCAUCCCGGAGGAUGAGGAGCCUGAGGUGCUCCAGGGCUCAAUCCCAGAGCAGAGUCUCUCUGCCCAGCCCCUGUCCCCUCCAGCACAAGGGCCACAGUCCUCUGGAGCCGGUCCGAGGGAUGGUGACUGUGCAGGGGGCCCCCUGAGCUGUGACACUUCUGAGGACUGUCAGGGUGCUCCGGCCAGCAAGAUGAAUCACACGAAUGCUACUCAUUCCACGGAAUGUGUGCAGCUGCACAGACAGAUGUUCACAUGCAAGCCUGCAGAUGAGAGCACAGCACCUCUGCCCACAGGAGCAGAUCUGAUCGACUCACCAAGCACAGGCUUCUCUCCCCCUUCCAGCCCCAACCCCUCAAAGAAAGGCAGCUCCAUCAACUGGUCCUUUCCAGACAAAAUCAAGUCUCCUGGAACUGUGCGGAAGCUCUCCCUGAAGAUGAAGAAGUUGCCAGAGCUCAGCAGGAAGUUGAGCGUGAAGGGGGCUCCAAGCGGCAGUGCCCAGCCCGAGCAGCAGCCCUCGUCCCCGAAGAGCAGUGGGAGCAGCAGUGGGGCCGAGUCCAGCCAGAGGCGCCGCCCCCACCCUUCUCCUGGGGCGGGCGCUGCGGCCAGCAGGAACGUCAUCUCCCGUUACCACCUGGACAGCAGCGUGUCCACCCAGCAGAGCUUCAGCAAGAAGAAGAGCAGCCGGCGCUCCAAAUCGGCCAGCAAGGGCGGCUACCUCAGCGACGGGGACUCCCCUGAGCUGGUCGCAAAAUCGGGCAAGCACAACGCCGAGAAGGCUGGCAAGGGGAAGGAAGCCCCAGUGAGCUGCACCCAGAGACUCCCCGGCACAGAGAUCGACAUCGACGCUUUCCGGCACUACAGCUUUGUGGACCAGCCCAAGUGCUCACACUACAUCUCCGGGCUGAUGAGCGUGCAUUUCUACGGCGCAGAGGACCUCAAGCCGCCCCGCAUUGACUCCCGCGAUGUUUACUGCGCUAUCCAGGUGGACUCGGUCAACAAGGCCCGCACCGCACUCCUGACCUGCAGGACCACCUUCCUUGACAUGGACCACACUUUCAACAUCGAUCUAGAGAACGCCCAGCACCUGAAGCUGGUGGUGUUCAGCUGGGAUCCCGCUCCCCGGAGGAACAAGGUUUGCUGUCACGGGACGGUGGUCCUCCCCACGCUCUUCCGCGUCACCAAGACCCACCAGCUGGCCGUGAAGCUAGAGCCCCGGGGCCUGAUCUAUGUGAAGCUGACCCUGAUGGAGCAGUGGGAGAACUCCUUGGACAGCCCCGAAGGUGACCAUGACCCUGUGGUGUUUGGCGUGGAAGCCUGGAGGGUGGUGGAACGCGAGAACGCUGGGCUCAUGGUGCCCCUGCUGAUGGAGAAGUGCAUUACUGAGAUUGAGAAGAGAGGCUGCCAGGUUGUGGGUCUGUACCGCCUGUGUGGCUCGGCGGCAGUGAAGAAGGAGCUGCGCGAGGCCUUUGAGAGGGACAGCAAGGGGGUGGAGCUCUCCGAGAGCCAAUACCCAGACAUCAAUGUCAUCACAGGUGUCCUGAAGGACUAUCUGAGGGAGCUUCCCUGUCCCCUGAUAACAAAGCAGCUGUAUGAAGCAGUGCUGGAGUCCAUGGCGAAGAGGCCUCUGCGGAUGGGCCCGCGGGGGUGUGAGAACGACCCCAGUGACUCUGAGCUCACGGUUGGCCUGCUAGACUGUUUGCCAGAUGUGGAAAAGGCUACUCUGAAGAUGUUGUUGGAUCACCUGAAGUUGGUGGCAUCAUGCCAGGAAGUGAACAAGAUGACAUGCCAAAACCUGGCAGUGUGUUUUGGGCCUGUCCUGCUCAGCCAGCGCCAGGAGGCCUCUAGUCACAGCAACCGGGUCUUCAUUGACUCAGAGGAGCUGGCCAGUGCCCUGGACUUCAAGAAGCACAUCGAGGUGCUACACUACCUCCUCCAGCUCUGGCCAGUGACGGACUCCUGUGCUGGCUCUGCCUCAUGCCCUGGGGAGAGCUGCUCUGACCGUUCUGCCAGCACUCAGUACCUGCGCAGGAGGCGGCAGCGGCCUCAAGCGCUCAAUUUGAGUGAGGCGGAGAUAGCCGGUGUGCUCAGGCCCAGACCGGGAAGGCUGGACAGCCCCAGCAACCGCUACGCAGGGGACUGGAGCAGCUGUGGGGAAAGCUACCUGAAGCCCCCGAAGGAGGAUGCUGGGGGGGAGGCCGACUACGACGACGUGCCUUCGGAAGAUGCUGAGAGCUCAGAGGAGGAGGAACCGGAACAGGAGGUAGAGCAGAGGGAAGAGGUAAUUGGGCCUGGAGAGACUGCUUACCACAGUCUUUCACCCCCGGAUCUCCCGGCUAAGCAACAUACAUACCAGGCAUACAUGAAAAUCCAAGAGAUCAGCCCUGGACUGAGCCACCAGGUCAACCUCAAAGACCUCCAGGACAGCAUCGACACUUUGAUAGGCAACCUGGAGAGGGAGCUGAACAAGAGCAAGCUGACUGUGGGUUACUGACAGAGACAGAUUGAUGUGACAAUGUGACUCAUGCUCUGCCUGCUAAGGCACAGGGCCCAGCCCUGGAGUGUCAGGCUGUGUGGAACUUUUUUCAGAAUUUUUUUAAAGUGCUGGAUGAAGUCUCCAGGUGUCCAUCUUGAUUGGGUUGUUAGACCCAUUGUAGGCAUUCCAUGACAUUUUUAAAUUUUUUGUUUUUUCUGUUUUGUGUGGUGUUUUUCUUCUUAUUAGAAGAAUCGAUUGACCCUUAGGGGUAUAAAAGGUGCCUUAUUUGUGUGAAGGUGGUACUUCAGACAGUAUGGAGAGCUUUCUUUUGAGGUACUUUUAAAAAUGUAAACCAAUGCACUUACAAAGCAGGCUUGAGGAGGAAAGAUGCAUUAAAAGAGAUGAAAGCCGUGAUCUGAGAUGGUCAGCAAGGAUUUGGCUCCUUGAGUUUGAUUUCGGGCUCUUUCUCUUCGAGGUAGCUGCCAUUGCUGCUAUACCAAGGGUGUGGUACUUCUAGAUCAUCAGCAGGAGACUGGACUCGCUUCAUGUAUAAUUGACAACAAAUAAACUAUAAUAAUAAAAGAGACCCUUGGUCACAAAUGGAAAGCAUUCACUGGGUGCUGGAAUGUAUCCUGCUUUUUCUGAAGCUUUUUAAUUGAAAUUAUUCUAUUAUAUUAAAAUAACUAUAAAUAUAUAAUUUUUUUUCACAAGUGUGUGCAAAUGCAAAGAUCCAUAUGUUCUAUUUUUCUAACCCCGUGUAUUUUUGUUAAUGUAUGUACACAUUUGCAAUCUUUACUGAUGCACCUAGUCCCGCAAGCAACAAUACACAGCCUCCCCACCUGGGAAAUCACUGAUUAAUAGAACAUAAGUACCGUGAGGAGGACUUGUGAAGCUGUCCUGACUGAACAAUUGUUGUAAACAGUGAACUGGGCCGAAUCCCUGUCUAGGGCUUCAUCUGUUUGACUGCAGCCAUUGGCUCUUGCUGUGUCUUAGACUCAAGUUUCUUGGCUAGUCGGUCAUGUUGUUCUAUGGUGUUUACAGGCAGUGUCUUUCUUUGUGUUGUUCAAGCUGCCUUUAUACAUCUGUCUUGUAAAAGCGACAACACUAAUAAUAAUGAGAUGUGGGAAUCCUUAGUUUGCCAGUAAAAUAAGAAAAUAUAUUUGGUUAUUUUUAUGAUAACUCUACUAUAUGUCUUGUCAUUCUUGGUGUAAAAAAUGUUGGAAAAACAAAUGGAAAGUGACGUGGGGAAAGAAGGUAAAAGCUCAUAAGCAUAUAUAUAUUGUUUUGUAAAAUUAACUUACAAAAAAAUAUUCUAAACUUUAAUGAUAAAGAAUAUGUAUUUCUCCCUGCUGCUUUCCUUUGGGUUGAUCUCAUCUGUUUUCUCAUGGCAGCUGAACACAGAGAUUUAAAUUGGAAUAAUUGAUGUGUGAAUGAAUCCUGGAAAAGGUCAGAGAUGUUAGGCUCUGUUUGUGCUGGGCACAGAUUUUACCAAAUGUUUAUGGGGUAAUCCAAGUGCAGAACAUUUCAGGGCAUUGUAGAGGCAUUAGUCCACAUGCCUGAGGGUGUUUAUAUAUAUAUAUGCACUUGUAUUUUCAACAAUGUUCGUAUUGGCUGUUUUUCUUGCUUCCUGAAAAUUGAACUAGCAAAGCUUUCACCUUCUGUUAGCCUCGAACCCAGAAGGAAAGGAAUGUGCCUAUGAUUCAGCCUAAUUCUAAUUCAGUUUGGCUGAAUAUUUCAGGAUUUAUAGGUGUAAUAUGAACUCAGUUCUUUUGUCUACUAUUGCUAAGAACAUUCCUCACAGCUACAUAAUAAAAAAAGAAGACAGACUUCAUUAUAUAUAUAUAUGUGUGUGUAAAUAUAUAUAUGGUGUUGAUAGU